CGAGUAUUGACUGUAUGUUAAUCUGUGGAGGAAUACGUUUUGUAUGAAAGAGUGGUUUGAAAAUUAAAGCCAAUUAAUGGCGACGACUGAUGGCAGCGAUCAUAUCAUCACAAAUGGAGAUCCAGUCGAGACAGACGUCCAAUCAUUGUCUCAAAGACUGUGUACUCAUCUGUCAAUCGAUGGCAAACUGGAGGACGAGAUCUCGUUUGUGAACUACGAAAGUGAGAGACAAAUGCCAGACAUCAUGAGACUGAUCCAGAAGGACCUGUCGGAGCCCUACUCUAUCUACACGUACCGCUACUUCAUCCACAACUGGCCGCACCUCUGUUUCCUCGCGAUGUAUGAGAGCCGAUGUGUGGGCGCUAUUGUCUGCAAACUGGAUGUGCAUAAGAAAAUGGUUGGAAGGGGUUAUAUAGCGAUGUUAGCCGUCGAUGAGAAGUAUCGCAAGCGUAGGAUUGGAUCCAAUCUUGUGCUCAAAGCCAUACAAGCGAUGAACGGUUACGCGGAUGAGGUUGUGUUGGAAACAGAGGUCACGAAUCUAUCGGCGCUUAAAUUAUACGAAAACCUGGGGUUCGUUAGGGAUAAGCGUUUGUUCCGAUAUUAUCUCAAUGGCGUCGACGCUCUUCGGCUUAAACUAUGGCUUAAAUGACAUGAACUUCUCAUCAAAUAAUUUAUUUAAUUAAAUAAUACAUUGAAUUCAUAGCGAAUAUGUGGUAAAUGAGGAUAUAUUUUAUACAAUAUUAAAAACAAACACUUUUAAUAUAAAAUAAUAGAAUUCAUGCUUUAAUUGUUACAUUAAAAUUUUGGUGCAUUUUGUUAAACAUUUAAAAGUCAUUUUGUUUUUCAGAUUAAGACCUUUAAAAAUAAAUUUAUAAAACAAACAAAUA